CAUGGAAACAGGCCUGGUCUCUGUUUUGCCUUUUUCCUAAAUGGCCUGACAUUCGCUCUCUAGAAAGUUAAGACACAAGAAAAAGACUCAGCUCAGCGCUUGCUUCCUCUUGCUUCUCCGUCUGAGUUUUCUUUUUUGCUUUCCUAAAUUACCCUCCACUUCCCUUCAAAACUCCAUUUUGCUCGUUCUCUGUCCUAGUAGAUUCUUAUAAUAGUCAAAGAUCCUCUUCUAUUUCUCUGAAAUUUCCUCACCUAACUCGGCUAUGUGACGUUUUUCCCUGGACUCGGACAAAGGAUUAUUGGAAGUAAAGCGCUAUGGAUUUGAUUGAAGGAGUGGGAGAGAGCUCGUCUCCGCCUCGUAGCUUUGGCAGUUUUAGUAACUACGAUUUGCGAAACGACGUGUUUAAUCGGUUGAUAGAGUGUGGAAAUGAAGAGGCUGUGUGUAAUCCAGAGUUUCGCGAACAGUUGGAUGCUCACUUCAAUCGAUUGCCUGCGAGGUAAUUAUACAAAAAUAUACAUUUAUGGGCUUGAUAUCAAUAUGGAUAGAGUGGAAGACGUUUUGUUGCAUCAAAAUCUUCUCACACUUGCAAAGGAUCCAGAGAAGCGGCCUGUUUAUCAUAUCCGAUUUAUGGAGAACAUUUGCACCAACUCAGAUGGUACUGAGGAUCAACAGGAUAUAAACGUUUUUUCUAGUCCAAGGCCAUCUCUUGAUGCAGAUAAUGAAGGAGUUGUGUCAUCUCAUAAAAGAAUCAAGGAUUCUGCAAUUGACUUUGAGCCUUGCUCUAAGCUUGAGGACCUCAAUUUGGAUGUUAGAAAAAGUACCAAUGACAUGGAGGAAAGAUAUCUUACAGAUAACUUCUCAAGAAGGCAAGAAACUUUGAACAUUCACGAAGUGAUAUUUUCUACAGUAGACAAACCAAAACUUCUAAGUCAGCUUUCUGCGUUACUUUCUGACAUUGGACUAAAUAUUCGAGAAGCACAUGUGUUCUCUACAACUGAUGGCUACUCCUUGGAUGUAUUUGUUGUGGAUGGAUGGCCAGUUGAGGAUACAGAUGGUUUGUAUGAGGCUAUGGAAAAAGCAAUUGCUAGAAGUGAGGGGUCAUGGUCUGGUUCUUCAAAUGCUCAUUCAGCCGUAGAGAAGGCAUUGGCAGCACAAACAAUAUCUGGAGAUUGGGAAAUAGACCGAAGAAUGUUGAAGCUGGGAGAAAGGAUUGCAUCUGGAUCUUGUGGAGAAUUGUACCGUGGAUUUUACCUUGGUCAAGAUGUUGCUGUUAAAGUUCUUCGAUCUGAGCAUUUAAAUGAUGCUUUGGCUGAUGAAUUUGCUCAAGAAGUGGCUAUACUACAAGAGGUCCAACACAGAAAUGUCGUUCGUUUUAUUGGUGCAUGCACAAAGUGCCCUCAUUUAUGCAUAGUAACUGAGUAUAUGCCUGGAGGAAGUCUGUAUGAUUACUUGCAUAAAAACCAUAAUGUCUUGAAGCUCUCUCAAUUGUUGAGGUUUGCAAUUGAUAUUUGCAAAGGAAUGGAGUAUUUGCAUCAGAACAACAUUAUUCAUAGGGACCUUAAAACAGCAAACUUGCUUAUGGAUACCCAGAAAGUUGUUAAGGUGGCAGAUUUUGGUGUUGCUCGGUUUCAAAGUCAAGGGGGAGUAAUGACAGCUGAGACUGGAACAUAUAGAUGGAUGGCCCCAGAGGUUAUAAACCAUCUGCAGUAUGAUCAGAAAGCAGAUGUAUUCAGUUUUGCUAUAGUGCUGUGGGAGCUAGUGACAGCCAAGGUUCCAUAUGAUAACAUGACUCCCCUUCAAGCUGCUCUGGGAGUGAGACAGGGACUGCGUCCUGAUCUUCCUGAUAAUGCACAUCCAAAACUGUUAGACUUGAUGCAGAGAUGCUGGGAGGGGGUUCCUAGCAAGCGGCCUUCCUUCUCUGAGAUAAAACUCGAACUUGAAUCUCUUUUUCACGAAAUUCAGGAAACAUCGGAAGGUGUAAAUGGGAAAAGAACAAUCUAAACUGGCAAUGUCCUAGUCAGCACAUUCUGAGGCGAUUAUGUUGUGUUGUAAGUUGAAAAGAGUUGUAGAGGUUAUGUAUUUUACAAGUGAGAGAGAUAUUAACAAAAGCAGUCCUAUACCACAUGAAAUAGACUUAUAAAAAGAAAAGUGUAGUGACUCUUGUUUGAUUUAGCUAGUUUCUUUGUUUUCCACUUAGACGUUGUAAAAUCUGAUCUGCUGUGAGUAAUCUGAUAUACCGCUUUUUGAUGCA